AUGUCUAGCCAAAAAACACGGGGCAAAAACUGGAACCAAAAGGAGGACGAAGCCCUAUGCCGAGCCUGGCUAGAUACGUCACAGGACCCAGCAAUAGGCAUCAACCAGCGCGUAGAUAACCUGUACGAGCGCAUUCAUUGUAAAUAUACCGAAAUUCUCGGGGAAAGUAAUUCAAUUACUUUUCCUGAACGCGCUCCCAACGGUUUAAAAAGUCGAUGGCACCACAUUAACAAAUGUGUCAGCAAAUUCGUUGGUUGCCUGGCACAAAUAAAUAACCGACAGCAGAGUGGAGCAUCUCCGGAGGACAUUCUCAAACAAGCACUGACAUUAUUUGCUACGUCGGAAAAAACCCCGUUUGCUCUUAUGAAUUGCUAUCGAAUUUUAGAAAGUGCUCCGAAAUGGCAACAAUAUCAUGUGGCGAAGGCACCCAAAAGAUCCUUAGUUUUGGACCAUGAAAGUGAAGAAUUUGAAAAUGUGGCUAUUGAAGAGACUUCUUUCCCAGGAUCAUCGCGUCCAAUAGGAAGAGAAGCUGCAAAAAGGCAAAAGAGAGCGCAACAUGCAGAACUAGAACUUGCAAAAUCGGGAAGUCUGUUGGCUGCUACAGCAAAAGAAAAGCUUCAAGAUAGUCUACAAAGAACCAAAAUUCUUGGCAGACUGGUCAACCACUCGAUCAUGUCUGUCAAUUUGGACGGAUUAAGCGAUGUAGCUAGGGAAUAUUACGUUUUAGAACAGCAACGAAUUCUAUCGGAGGUGCAGAAUGUUGAAACUGAGAAACGCUUUGAAAUUCAUCUUCAAGAAGAAACUCCCGACGAAAAAGGAGAAGAGGAACUUACUGUUGAUGAGCUCGGUUUCUUAUAA